AUGUCCUUGCGUGCUCUUCCUCUCCUGCGCACCGCCGUCGCAGGCAGCGCGCCUCGUCUCUGCGCGCCUCUUCUGCGCGUCGGCGGCGUGCCUGCCAUGCCCGUGCGCAGCAUGUCCAGCACUCCCAUGCGCGCCCUGCACUGCACUCCCGCUCGCUUCUCCGCCUCCAACACCGACACCGCCUGGGCGUCCAAGGGCGCCAUCUCCUACUCCGAGCUCAAGAAGCUCACGCAGGCGCCGCCGCCCGACAUUACGCUCAUCGACGUGCGCGAGCCCGACGAGGUGGCUUCGGGCAUCAUCCCUUCGGCCGUCAACGUGCCGCUGUCGCGCUUCGCCGAGGCCUUCAAUCCCAUGAAGGGCGCCGACUUUCGCCGCGACUUUGCCUUUGACCGCCCGCAGUUCGGCGACAAGCUCAUCUUCUACUGCCGCAGCGGCAAGCGCAGUCAGACGGCAUUGGAGACGGCAAAGAAGAAUGGCUGGGUCAACGCUCGCAACUACUCCGGCUCCUGGCUCGACUGGGUGAAGCGCGAGGAGAAGAGCGGCGCGGCGGGCGAGAAUGAGGACUGA